AUGGGAAGCUGUAUUUAUAAACCCCUAGGUAGGUAUAUAUAUACAGCUAGAACCCAUAGUUAGCAAUGUUUGAUUCAAUCAUCACGGCUUCGUCACAUCUUGUUGCCUUCUUUUUGCUGGGUAGUACGCGACGUGCUCGAUUCAAUACAAGAUGCUUCUUAACACCAUAGCAAGCGCCGUGGCGUUCGCCACCUCCGUCAUAGCCGGUGUAGCUAAACCUCGGCAAAGUAGUGGAGCCCGCCAGGUCUUUGCCCAUUACAUGGUCGGUUUAACAGACGGACAAACUCAAGACCAGUGGCAGAAGGAUAUCACAGAUGCAAAAGCAUCCGGAAUCGAUGGUUUUGCGCUCAAUAUCGGAUAUGGAAAUUCAUGGAACGAUGAACAACUUCAACUCGCAUACGAUACGGCUUCGUCCGUCGGCUUUAACUUGUUCUUGUCUUUCGAUAUGGCCGAUUUAAGUGCUAGCCCUUGGACCGUCGAUCAAGUCUCGUCGCUCAUUAACGACCAUAAGGAUGCUAGUAGUCAGUAUAAGGUGGACGGAAAACCAUUCGUUUCGACAUUCGAGGGCCCUAACUUUGCCGAUAACUGGGCUUCGGUACGAUCUGCUACCGGAGGAAUCUUCUUGGUUCCGGAUUGGUCUUCGCUAGGUGCCCAAGGAGUCGGAGCUAAGCUUUCUCAGAUUGACGGUGCUUUUAACUGGGGUGCAUGGCCCAACGCGAACGAAUACACGAUUACAACGGGCAACGAUCAAGCGUAUAAGUCGAGCCUCCAAGGAAAGCCGUAUAUGAUGGGCGUCAGUCCCUACUUCUACACCAACCUUCCUCAAUGGAACAAGAACUGGUACUCAUCCAGCGAUUCCUUAUGGUAUGACCGCUGGAGUCAGGCCUUGGACGUUUUGCCUGAGUACAUUGAAAUCAUCACCUGGAAUGACUAUGGCGAGUCUAGUUACAUCAACGAACCCGUGACGAAACAGAUAGUAAGUGGUGCUGAGGUAUACGUCAAUGGAUUCGAUCACACAGCAUUCCGUUUCGUCUUGCCAUACUUCAUCAGUGCUUACAAGGCUGGUAACACGAACGUGGAUCUACCGGCCGAAGGUGCUGUAGCAUGGUACCGCACCACGCCUGCGUCCGUCUGCGGCGAUGAUGGUACCGUCUGGGGUCAAGGAGGAAGUGCUUCAGCAACCGGUGGCACCAAAGACGUAAUCUCGAUUAUCGCCCUAUCGAACUCUCCCGGAGAUAUUACCGUUGCUAUUGGAGGUGCUAGCCAACCUGUGAGCGCGACAAGUUCGGUCGGAAAGGCCUCAUUCUAUCAAGUCGAUUUUACCGGAAAGACUGGUGCUGUAACUGUGACGGUGAAUGGAAAAUCAACAACCGGUCCUGAGAUCUCUAACGCUUGCCCAUCUUCAGGACAUGUCAACUUCAACGCGGUUGCGAUCCAAUUGUGAAAAGAUGAUGUCGUGUCAGCUUACUGAUACGGCUAAUGACUAGGUAUCUGGAUAGAAUGUCACCUUAUUCCCGAUUCGUCAGCUUAGGAUAAAUACGUCGCAUACGAAGUCGAAGAGACA